AUGAAACCCUGGAAGAAGUGCCUGCUACUCCUCGCCGCCUUCUUGGCCUACUUGUUCGCCGGUGCCUUCGUCAUUAUUCUGAUAGAAAGGGAUGAGGUAACCCGGGCCCAGGAAAAGUUCUUCGGCGAGCUGGGCGCCUUCGUUCAGAGCCACUAUGCCUGCGGUGCGACACCAGACGAGGUGAUAGCGUUGAUGGAGAAGGCAGGAGUUGCGUAUUCGAGGGGAGCAUUCUAUUCGGAGAUGGCCAGCAGUCACAACGAGCUACUUGCGGUCUGGUCAUGGCCGAAUUCCAUUCUUUUUGCAUCUAGCGUUGUCACAACUAUUGGCUAUGGUAGAUUGGCACCCAAAACUGUUGGUGGGCAGGUUUUCUGCCUGUUCUUUGCAGUUCUUGGGGUACCGCUGUGCUACGUCGUCUUCUCCAUGGUGGGCGACACUUUCAACGCGCUCUGGAAAAGGUUUACCCGGUGCUCUGAUAAGUGCUUAGAGGUGAUCAGGUCAAAGAAUGCCCGACGGUUUCUUCUGGGUGCAAUCACCCUCAUGGGACUGUGGAUCCUUCUGGUUCUCCUACCUUCCGUCAUCUUCACCCAUACAGAGCCCUGGGAAUGGUGGCGCGCUCAGUACUUCUGCUUCGUCUCGCUCAGCACCAUCGGCUUUGGGGACGUCAUCUACGGCCUGGAGAGGGAAGGCGACUCCUACGCCCUGGACUGGAGCUACAAACUGGGCAUCUUGGUGUACUUUUUCCUCGGCCUAAGCUUGAUCUCCAUCGUCUUCAAGGGGGUCUGGCACUCGCAGAGGAAGAAUCUCAACCGCGCCAAGGCCAGAAUCCGCAGCACAACACGUGGUCUUCGGAGCCGCACAUUCAACCUGGGUCCCCAUUCCGACAGACACACUUUCCUCUCGUCGGCGCACCGGCACGACGUCUUGGACCCUGUCGGUGUGAUGGAUGCCUUGGGGAAGGAAUCGUGGAAACAGGGCGUGGUUGGAGUGUCUUAUCGGAUCAUCGAAAAGAAUGAUGCAGGCGGCAGCUCCUCGGGUUAUUCGGACACAGUAUUAGAAACAACGGUUUGA